UUGACACACCUGAGCCCCCCUUCUCUCCUCUCUCGGCGCACUGCGCAUGCGCUGCUCUCUCUCACGCAGCUCCACUGUCAUGGCGGAGACGGAGCUCAGUAGGAGCUGAUUCAGGAAGAGAUGUCGCUGUAAAGUGGGUUACCACUGAAACUUCACUCCAACAGUUUCCACAGGGACCAGGAGGAUUGUGUUCUCUUUGGAGGGACCCCUGAGAGCCAAUGCCGGACGUUCCUUGCCUUAGGUUUUGUAGUUGUUUGCGUCUUGUUCUUAUCGGCGUGUCUACCUGCGCGGAAUCUCUUCAGCACCGCUGUUUCCUGUUUGACACUCGCCAACACUUCAGUGACACUGUUGUUUAGAUAUUUCUUUCCUUUGUCAAACCGGCGGAGAUUGACAAGUGUUGUGUUUCUUAUUUGGGCUCAGUACAGCGCGAUUUCGUCCUCCUUUGGACAAGUUUAUAGCUGUUUUUCCUCUCUACAGUAGAACAAUUUUUGUCAGUCAGGUGUAGUGUCAUCAACUGACACUUCCCGCCGGGAGCGCGAGAAACCAACGGAUAAACUGGCCGUGAAUGGAGACCAGGACCUGUUCUUCACCUCUGUCAACUUAACGAGGGCGAGAUUUACCAUACAUCCCCCCCCCCAUAGUUUAACUCUGCUGUAGGGUAAAACAGGUGUCACACCUGUUCCCCCUCACCUGACUCCGUCAUGGCGAGCGCAGGGGACAGCGCUGUCGGGAUCCCCGUCCGAGGAAUCCGCAUGAAGUUCGCCGUGCUGGCGGGGCUCCUGGAGGCUGGUGAAGUCUCCAAUCGGGACACUGUGGAGACGAUCUUCAAUCUGCUGGUCGGCGGACAGUUCGAUCUGGAAAUGAACUUUAUCAUCCAGGAGACGGAGAGCAUCUUCUGCAUGGUAGAGCUGCUGGAUAAAUGUGAUUCCACUUGCCAAGCUGAAGUGUGGAGUAUGUUCACCGCCGUGCUGAAGAAGAGCUUGCGAAACCUGCAGGCCUGCACAGAAAUCGGCCUCAUCCAGCUGGUGCUUCCACGCAUAGACCGGGCCGAGACCAUGAUCGCAGAUCUGAUGGUGGACAUGCUAGGAGUGCUGGCCAGCUACAGUAUCACAGUGAAGGAACUGAAGCUGUUCUUCAGUAAACUGAAAGCAGAACAAGGCCAAUGGCCUCCUCAUGCCGUCAAGCUGCUGUCCGUGUUGAAGUGCAUGGCUCAAAGAAAUGGCCCAGAUUCCUUUUUCAGCUUCCCAGGGAAGAGUGCUGCGGCUAUUGCACUUCCACCUAUUGCAAAAUGGCCAUAUCAGAACGGCUUUACCUUCCACACCUGGCUUCGCCUGGACCCCAUCAAUAACAUAAACGUUGACAAGGACAAGCCUUAUCUCUACUGCUUCCGCACCAGCAAAGGUUUGGGCUAUUCUGCACACUUUGUGGGCGGAUGUCUGAUUGUGACCUCUCUAAAGUCCAAAGCCAAAGGCUUCCAGCACUGUGUGAAAUAUGACUUUAAACCCCAGAAGUGGUAUAUGGUGACCAUAGUGCACAUCUAUAAUCGCUGGAAGAACAGUGAAAUCAGCUGCUAUGUCAAUGGAGAGUUGGCGUCAUAUGGUGAGAUCACCUGGCUUGUCAACACAAGCGAUACAUUCGACAAGUGUUUUCUGGGCUCAUCAGAGACAGCAGACGCUAACCGUGUGUUCUGUGGUCAGAUGGGAACAGUUUAUCUGUUCAGUGAGGCUCUCAGCGCUGCUCAGAUAUUAGCCGUCUAUCAGUUGGGGUCUGGAUACAAGGGCACUUUUAAGCACAAGGCAGAGAGUGACCUGCUGUUUGCAGAACAUCAUAAGAUGCUGCUGUAUGAUGGAAAGCUGUCUGCCAGUAUCGCCUUCACCUAUAAUCCCCGAGCCACUGAUGCUCAGCUGUGUCUGGAAUCCUCCCCCAAGGACAACGCUUCCAUCUUUGUGCACUCACCACAUGCUCUCAUGCUGCAGGACGUCAAAGCUGUGGUCACACACUCAGUUCAGAGUGCCAUCCAUUCUAUUGGAGGAGUUCAGGUCCUUUUCCCCCUGUUUGCACAGCUGGAUUUCCUCCAGCACAGCGGUGACGAGCUGAACACCUCCGUCUGUUGCACACUAUUGUCAUUUGUGAUGGAGCUGUUGAAGGGCUCUGUAGCUAUGCAAGAGCAGGUGCUGGCCUGCAAGGGCUUUCUUGUCAUCGGUUACGCACUGGAGAAGUCUUCCAAAGUACACGUGACACGACCUGUGCUGGACAUUGUCCUUGCCUUCGCCCGUUAUCUUAGCAACCUUCCCACUGGAGUUUUGCUCUUGAAACAGCUGUGUGACCACAUCCUCUUCAACCCUACCAUCUGGAUUCAUGCCCCAGCUAAGGUACAGCUGAUUCUCUACACCUACCUGGCCACAGAAUUCAUCAGCACUGUCACCAUCUACAAUGCCAUCCGCAGAGUUGGAACUGUACUGCAGAUCAUGCACACACUCAAAUAUUUCUACUGGGUUGUAAACCCACUGGACCGCAGCGGAAUCACACCCAAGGGUCUUGAUGGGCCAAGACCCAAUCAAAAGGAGAUUCACUCUCUUCGAGCAUUCCUGCUGCUGUUUGUCAAGCAACUUAUCAUGAAGGAUCACAGCGUGAAGGAAGACGAACUGCAGAGUAUUCUGAACUACCUGCUCACAAUGCACGAGGAUGAUAAUCUGAUGGACGUUCUUCAGCUUCUGGUGGCACUGAUGUCUGAGCACCCUGGAUCAAUGGUUCAAGCCUUCGAUCAGCGAAAUGGAAUACGGGUCAUCUUUAAGCUGCUCGCAUCCAAAAGUGAAGGGAUCCGUGUGCAGGCACUCAAAGUCUUGGGCUACUUUCUCAAAUAUUUGUCACCGAAGGCAAAGUCAGAGGUCAUGCUGGCUCACGGCCUGUUCUCUCUGCUCACUGAACGAUUGAUGCUCCACUCAAACCAGUUCACAGUCACAACAUACAACGUGCUCUUUGAGAUUCUUACGGAGCAGAUCUGUACUCAGGUCAUUCACAAACAGCAUCCAGACCCCGACUCCUCUGUGAAGAUUCAAAACCCACAGAUCCUAAAAUUGAUAGCUGCUCUAUUAAAGAACGCUUCUCCAGGAGCCGAAAGCAUGGAAGUACGGCGUAUCUUCCUCUCGGAUAUGAUCAAACUCUUCAACAACAGCAGAGAGAACCGCAGGAGUAUUUUGCAGUGCUCGGUGUGGCAGGAGUGGAUGCUGUCUUUGUGCUUUAUAAACCCCAAGAACAGCGAGGAGCAGAAGAUCUCAGAGAUGGUGUACGCCAUCUUUCGCAUCCUUCUUUAUCAUGCUGUUAAAUAUGAGUGGGGUGGCUGGCGCGUGUGGGUGGACACACUCUCCAUUACGCAUUCCAAGGUCACCUUUGAGCAACACAAAGAGAAUCUGGCCCACAUGUUCCUUGAGUACCAGCGGAUGGGUUCUGAGGGAGGAUCUGAAAGCAGGAUCAGAACUGUAUCUGGAACCAGUCAUGAUUCUCAGUUCCUUGCCUCAGCAAGUAGUGAUCUGAAUGCUGACGAGACUGCUCCAUCUACAGUAAUUGAGCUACGUGUUGAUGAGAAGGUUACUGAUCAGCCUGGAGACAAUGAGGAAACCAGGGACCAGAUCCCAGUCACAGUGUCCAACAUUCUGGCCAGAGAUGAGGAAGAGAGACAGACAGACACUGUCGCUACCUCACCAGAGACAAAUAAAGAGGAUAAAGGUGAACAGGUCACUUCAAAAGAACCAGGAAAGGAUAAUGAAGUGCAAAAUAUAGAGGUUGACAUUGAUGGAGACCAUGAGAGAGUGGAAAGAGUUGAGGCUGACAUCACAAUGACUGAAGGGAGUGUAAACGAAAAAGAAAGUGCUGAUCUGAGUGUAAUAGAUGAUGCAGACAAUACUCAGACUGCAACCGACAAGGAUGCCAAUGUGGAAGCUGAAGCUGUGAAGAUACCAGCUGAAGAUGAUGGUCAAACAAGCACUGCUGAUACUGUACUAAAUGUUCAAGUAGGAGAUAAAGAAAAGGGACCUGGAGAUUCUUCUCCUGAAGUUGUGAAGGAAGCCAGAGUGGAAGGAACUUCUGAGGCUUCAGCAAACCAGGAGACCAGCGAAACUGGGGCCUCCAUCAAGAAUGAAGAUAGCACUGAUGUUUCCUCAGCCAACAACUUAGUGAAGGUCAGUGAUGACAGCACGGAGGAGACUUCUUUUGUUUCAGCUACAGCAGGUGAGACUGAUGACAAUAGUGCUGAAAAGGAAGAUGAUGGGAAGGAGAAAGACAAGAAGCUGGAAACCGAAAAAGAUGAGAAGCCGUUACAAAAUGAGAAAAUAGAGGAAACCAAGGAUGAACCAGCUCACGUGGUGGAGGUGGAUUUAAACCGAAGCACCUCUAUCGAUGAGACCAAGCUUCACACAGAGACUACAGCUGGUCAUGGUGCUGUUGAGACCGAGCAAACUCCAGAAGUGCUUUCUCCAGAUUUGUCCAAGGUGUCUACGGCAGAGGUUAGCCCUUGCACUGAGAGUAUGUCACAGGAUCCAGGAACUAACCAAGACAUUCUGAAGGCAGCGGGGACUGAGACCUCAGCAACUAAAACCAAAGAGAUUAAAAUUGCUAGACUGGAUGUGUCAAGUGUGGCCUCAGACACAGAGAGAUUGGAGCUAAAGGACACCUCAACAACAAAUCUGAGUGCAAAUCCAGCAGCUUCUUCAAGCCCCUCAGGUCAGGACAAUGAGGGCUCGUCUUCGGCACGGUCCACUAUGUUCCGUAUCCCAGAGUUCAAGUGGUCUUAUAUGCACCAGCGCCUUUUGACUGACCUGCUGUUCUCUAUUGAGACCGAUGUGCAGAUGUGGAGAAGUCAUUCGACUAAGACAGUUAUGGACUUUGUGAACAGCAGUGAGAACGUAGUGUUUGUGCACAACACUGUCCAUCUAGUCUCUCAGGUGGUGGACAACCUCAUCAUGGCCUGUGGAGGAAUCCUUCCUCUGCUGUCUGCAGCCACCUCUUCUACGCAUGAGCUGGAGAACAUUGAGCCGUCUCAGGGUUUGUCUGUGGAGGCGUCACUGAUGUUCUUGCAGAGGCUGAUCAGUCUCGUGGAUGUUCUGAUCUUCGCCAGUUCACUCAACUUCACAGAAAUCGAAGCAGAGAAGAACAUGUCCUCUGGAGGAAUCCUAAGACAAUGCUUACGUUUGGUGUGCGCGAUGGCUGUGAGAAACUGUCUGGAAUGUCAGCAGCACACUCUGGGUAAGUCUUGUGCAGAGAGCAGCCGUGGACAGCAAAGCCUUGUGGGAGCCGCCAAGUCUAUACCAGCACAGAGUCCUGUGGACAUUGUGACAGGAGGGAUGUCUCCUAUCAGAGAUUUAGACCGGCUUCUGCAGGACAUGGACAUCAACCGUCUCCGUGCUGUAGUGUUCAGGGAUAUAGAUGACAGUAAACAGGCUCAGUUCCUGGCCCUGGCUGUGGUCUACUUUAUCUCUGUACUCAUGGUAUCUAAAUAUCGAGACAUCCUUGAGCCACACAAUGACAAAAGUCAUGCCCGGCGCUCACAGUCUGUCAGGAGCACAGAGAGUGUUCAGUCUGAUCUUGAGAACGGUUUGUCUCCCCAUCGUCGGGACUCUAGUAUUGAGGACGGGAAGACCUCAGUCAUCACCGAGGCACAGACCGGCCCAGAUGCUGUAUCCGAAGCCCUGUCUACUUUGUCCUCUGAAGUCAGGAGAGGUCAAGAUGUCACUGAUAGAGACAGCAAAGGCAAAAAUGUUAAUGUCAAGGAUAUUUUGAGAAGUCUCGUUAGUGCUCCCUCUGAUGACAUCAUAGUGGACCCUAGCCUCAUACCGCCCGGGUUUCUGGGUGCAGUGGGCGAUGCUUCCCGUGAUCAGUCCGUCCAGUUCCACUCUUUUGACAGGAGUGUUGUCGUGGCACCCAAGAGAAUGGGUGGGGCUCCCUCACCAGGAAUGAGUACGGUCUCUGCAGCUGCAGCCGUCCCAUCAGCCACUGCUGCAUCCUCGGGUGAAACUCCAGUCAACAGUGUGUCAGUGGUGUCCGCAGGAGAAACUGUUGAGAGCACAGAGUCUAUCCCAGGAGGAACCUCCACCAGCUCCAACCUGCCAUCUGUCCCUGCUUUAUCCCCAGUGACCCAGAGCUCCGCCCCCAACAUGAGUAUCUCAGAGAGGUUGGAACAUGCUCUGGAGAAGGCAGCUCCUUUACUCCGAGAGAUUUUUGUGGAUUUCGCACCAUUCCUCUCUCGCACAUUGCUGGGCAGUCAUGGACAGGAGCUACUCAUCGAGGGCACCAGUCUUGUGUGUAUGAAAUCUAGCAGUUCUGUGGUUGAACUGGUCAUGCUGCUGUGUUCUCAGGAAUGGCAGAAUUCCAUCCAGAAGAACGCGGGCUUGGCCUUCAUCGAGCUUGUGAACGAGGGCAGACUGCUGAGCCACACCAUGAAGGACCAUCUGGUGCGUGUCGCUAAUGAGGCCGAGUUCAUUCUGAGCCGCCAGAGAGCAGAGGACAUCCACAAACACGCAGAGUUUGAGUCUCAGUGUGCUCAGUAUGCCGCUGAGAAACGUGAUGAAGAGAAGAUGUGCGAUCACCUGAUCAGGGCCGCCAAGUACCGGGAUCACGUCACAUCCACCCAGCUCAUCCAGAAGAUUGUAAACAUCCUCACAGAUAAGCACGGUGCCUGGGGCUGCUCUGCGUUCAGACCGCGGGAGUUCUGGCGCCUGGACUACUGGGAGGAUGACCUGAGGAGACGCCGACGCUUCAUCAGGAACCCGUUUGGGUCCACACACUCUGAGGCCACACUCAAGGCUGCAGCAGAGCAUGCUCCAGAGGAGGACGUGCUGAAAGGCAAACAGUCCAUCAGGGGUUCAGUGCUGGGGAAGCAGAACUCGGAGAGCGAGCUGCUCUUGGAGGACGAUGACACUCUCUCAUCCUUGGAGGAGAAAGAUUUGGAGAACCUCACAGGGCCUGUUAACCUGAGCACCAGCGCACAGCUGGUUGCGCCCGCUGUGGUGGUAAAAGGCACACUGUCUAUCACGGCCCUGGAGUUAUACUUUGAGGUGGAUGAAGAAGACCCGAGUUUUAAGAACAUUGAUCCCAAGAUUUUGGCCUACACAGAGGGUCUGCAUGGGAAAUGGCAGUUCACAGAGAUCAGAGCAGUUUUUUCACGCCGCUAUCUGCUCCAGAAUACAGCGCUGGAGGUCUUCAUGGCCAACAGAACGGCAGUCAUGUUCAACUUCCCAGAUGCAGCCACAGUGAAAAAGGUGGUGCACUGUCUCCCCAGAGUUGGAGUCGGCACAAAUUUCGGCCUUCCUCAGACCAGACGGAUUUCUCUGGCCAGUCCGAAACAGCUUUACAAGGCCUCCAACAUGACCCAGCGCUGGCAAAGACGAGAGGUCUCCAACUUUGAGUACCUCAUGUUCCUCAACACCAUAUCUGGCCGUACACAUAACGAUCUGAACCAGUAUCCUGUGUUCCCCUGGGUAAUCACCAACUACGACAGUGAAGAUCUCGACCUCACUAUGCCCAGCAACUACAGAGAUCUAUCCAAGCCUGUUGGUGCACUCAACCCAAAGAGGGCUGCAUUCUUCUCGGAACGUUUUGAAUCAUGGGAGGACGAGCAGGUGCCCAAAUUCCACUACGGCACACACUAUUCCACCUCCAGCUUUACUCAGAUGUGGCUACUCAGGAUUGAGCCUUUCACGACGUUCUUCCUGAAUUUCCAAGGUGGGAAAUUUGACCAUGCAGAUCGCACUUUCUCUUCAGUGUCCAGAGCCUGGAGAAACUGCCAGAGGGACACGUCUGACGUGAAGGAGUUGAUCCCUGAGUUCUAUUACCUCCCAGAGAUGUUUGUCAACUCCAAUAAUUACAACCUGGGAGUGAUGGAUGAUGGGACGGUGGUGUCAGAUGUGGAGCUGCCGCCCUGGGCCAAGAGUCCUGAGGAGUUCGUACGCAUCAACCGACUCGCUCUGGAGAGUGAGUUUGUGUCCUGUCAGCUGCAUCAGUGGAUUGAUUUGAUAUUUGGAUACAAGCAGCAGGGACCUGAGGCCAUCAGAGCUCUCAAUGUCUUCUACUACCUGACUUAUGAAGGAGCAGUCAACCUCAGCUCCAUAUCGGACCCCAUGCUCCGAGAGGCUGUAGAGUCUCAAAUCAGAAGUUUUGGACAGACACCCUGCCAGCUGCUAAUUGAGCCCCACCCUCCACGCAGUUCUGCCAUGCAGGUGUAUCUCCUUCUGCAGACCCCACUGAUGUUCACAGAGCAGAUGCAGCAGGACGUCAUCAUGGUACUCAAGUUCCCGUCCAACUCACCUGUCACACACGUGGCCGCCAACACACAGUCAGGCCUAACCAACCCAGCGAUCAUCACAGUCACCGCCAACCGCCUCUUCGCUGUCAACAAGUGGCACGGCCUCACUGGUCAUCAAAGCUCUUCUGUGCAGGACCAGCAGUACCAGUUACCAGUUGAGAUUGACCCUUUGAUAGCCAAUAAUGUGGGCAUCCACAGAAGGCAGAUCUCAGAUCUGUUAGAUCAGAGCAUCCAGGUAAAUGCUCAGUGUUUUGUCAUCACGGCUGACAACCGCUUCAUCCUGCUGUGUGGAUUCUGGGACAAGAGCUUCCGCAUCUACUCCACUGAUACAGGUAAACUGACACAGAUUGUGUUUGGCCAUCUUGAUGUGGUGACCUGUCUGGCCCGCUCAGAGUCAUACAUUGGUGGAGACUGUUACGUUCUGUCCGGCUCCAGAGACGCCACACUACUGCUCUGGUACUGGAACGGCAAGCACAGCAGCAUCGGAGAGAACCCUGGAACUGAAUUUGUGACUCCCCGGGCGAUUCUGACGGGUCAUGAUUGUGAAGUCACGUGUGCAAGUGUGUGUGCAGAGCUGGGACUGGUCAUCAGUGGCUGCAGAGAGGGUCCAUGUCUUGUCCACUCGAUGAACGGAGACCUGUUGAGGACUCUGGAGGGUCCAGACGGCUGUGUGCGACCGCGUUUGGUUCUGUCCUCCACCGAGGGUCACUGUGUCAUUUAUUAUGACAAGGGCCGCUUCUGUGUGUUCAGCAUCAAUGGAAAACUGUUGGGACAUAUGGAGGUGGAAGACAACAUCAAGGCGAUGCUGCUAAGUAAAGAUGGCCAGUAUCUGUUGUCUGGAGGAGAUGCAGGAGUUCUCAGCGUGUGGCAGAUCCAUGAUCUCAAACACCUCUUCACUUACCCAGGAUGUGAUGCUGGGAUACGCUCCAUGGCUAUGUCACAUGACCAAAGAUGCAUCAUCACUGGAAUGGCGUCUGGUAGCAUUGUUCUGUUCUACAAUGACUUCAACAGAUGGCACCAUGAAUACCAGACGAGAUACUGACCCAGUGACGACGGAGCCAGCCUGCCACCUUCAGAAAGCCACUACCACUAGUCAUGAAUGUAUUCCAAAUAUUUAAAGCAAAACUAUUUUUUAAAGAUGGCAUUGCUAUAUUUUGUAGAUCUUAUGGAAUUUCUUACUAUAUAAAUCCUAAGGGAGGGGUUAUGUACCUAAUAUUUGGAGCGAGAAAAAAAAAUCUAUUUUUAGCUGUAAAAGUCUAUUUUCACCUUUGCUCUGAAAAAGACUGGUCUGAGUGGUCAGUAGCUGGGACUAUAUUUACUCAUAGUGUCUAUGGAUAGAUGAUUCUUGUCUAACUUAGGGUGGGUGAGUUUUUUUUUUUUUUCCAUUUGAUGUGAUUAUUCCAACAGAAUGCUUCUAGACAUCAUGAUUUGUAGUUCAGUAGUUUGGUUCCCGAAGCUAACAGGAAGCUGCCUCAUUUUUUGGGAGAAAUACAUGACUCGGCUAAAUGGAACUAUUCGAUUAUAUCCAUAGAUGAAAUAGAUAGCUGUUUGCAGACAUAUCAAGUCAUCCACUUGAAUGGAGGAGUGGCUCCUUUUCAAAUGAGAGCAUCUUCUGAUUUAUUAUUAUCAUUAUUAUUUGUCUGUGAUUGUUUGUUAAAUGUGAAUGGACCUCUUAUGUGAUCAUGUAAUGAUGUCACUUUAUAAACUGAAGGGGCUGAUUCUGUGUAUGAAGGGAGGGAGAGGAGUUUAGAAAUUCUAUUCAUAAUCUUCAUGGUUGGGAAGAAGUGAUUUGGGGUUUGUUUAUUUCUUUUUGUUCUUUUUUUGUUUGUUUAUUGUGAGUUGCAGGUCUAAGUGUUCCUGAACUAAACCAUUUUUUAUUUUCUUUGAGGAGAUGUAAGUGAUAACAAUAGAGGGAGGAGAACAAAAAAAUAUUAAUAUCCAUUUAAAGUGUCACCAAAGUAGAAUUUUUGAAAUUCCACCAUUGUGCUUUUACUGUGCUUAGUGUAUGCAGACGUGAAUGUGGGCAGAGCGUGAUAAUAAUGGCAUACUAGCAUCUGUUAGCUGAGGUCAAAAAUGACAACAUUUCACUAUAUAUUAUUAGUCAUAAAACAGUUCCGAUUAUAUAACCCAUAGACCACACUCAGGGCAAGCAGGGGUCUGUCAAAUUACAAAGAAGAGUCUAUUUCUUGGUUUAAGUCAGAUUCUGAUGUUGAGAAAUGUUGUCGGAUUCCUUAUGUUUGGUUUGCUUUUGUUUUGAAUGGCUGUUUUUAUCAUUACUGUUAUAUCAUGUUAUAUCUUAGCAAAAUGGCAAUCAGAUUGGAACGAGCGUCGUAUGACGUGUGUGAUGAACUCAAUAAAAUGGCAUUUUGUACCAAUAAA